AUGCUGGGAGCAAAGCGACUCUGGCUACCAGCUCUUGCACCCAACUCCUGGUUGCCCCUGGCCCUGAUGCUUCUGGCCCUGGGGACCGGAUGGGCCCAGGAAGGGUCAGAGCCUGUUCUCCUGGAGGGCGAGUGCCUGGUGGUCUGUGAGCCCGGCAGGGCUGCUGCAGGGGGGCCUGGAGGAGCAGCCCUGGGAGAAGCGCCCCCCGGAAGAGUGGCAUUUGCUGCAGUUCGAAGCCACCAUCACGAGCCAGCAGGGGAGACGGGCAACGGCACCAGUGGGGCCAUCUAUUUUGACCAGGUCUUGGUGAAUGAAGGCGGCGGCUUUGAUCGCACCUCCGGUUCCUUCGUGGCCCCUGUCCGAGGUGUCUACAGCUUCAGGUUCCACGUGGUGAAGGUGUACAACCGCCAAACUGUCCAGGUGAGCCUGAUGCUGAACACAUGGCCUGUCAUCUCAGCCUUUGCCAAUGACCCUGAUGUGACCCGGGAGGCAGCCACCAGCUCUGUGCUACUGCCCCUGGACCCCGGGGACCGGGUGUCUCUGCGCCUUCGUCGGGGGAACCUGCUGGGUGGCUGGAAAUAUUCAAGCUUCUCUGGCUUCCUCAUCUUCCCACUCUGA